AUGGCAGAGCCAACCGAUGGUCAACUAAACGCCGCCAUAAAGGAAAUCCUUAAGGAUGCCGACUUAUCUGUUGUUACUGCCAAAACGGUCCGGAAGACUCUAGAAGACCGGUUCAACAUUGAUCUGUUUGACCGAAAGGCUAGCAUUGAUAAGAUGAUAAUGAAGGUUUUGGAGUCUCGUGAGGGCAAAUCAACUGGUGGGUCUGAAUCUGGUAACGAAAGUGAAAGCUCUCUUGAUGGAUCAGUUUCUCCUAAGCGCCGGAAAACCUCUGAUGACAAAUAUGCUCGUGCCGUCCAUGCUGAGGAAAAUGGGAUGAGACGCCGCAAAGCUGCUCCGAAGCCGAAGCAGGAACGUACAUCUAAAAGUGGUGGUAAAGGUGGCGGUGGUGGUUUUACAAAACCUGUCACACUUUCUGAUGAACUGGCCGCGCACCUUGGUGAAACCGCUCUCUCUAGGGCCGAGCUUGUGAAGCGGUUCUGGCAGGAGGCUAGAGAAAAACAACUUUUCGAUCCCGAAAAUAAGCAAUUCGUCAUCUGCGACGAGAGCUGGAAGAAACUGUUCGGGAAGAGUCGGUUUAAGAUGUUUGGCAUAUCGAAGUUGUUGAACCAACACAUUGUUAAAUAA